AAACGGCGCGUCGCGGUUGCGUCACGGCGCGUCACGGCGCGUCGCCGGAGUGCCGCGACGAUUAUCCGCGGCCUUAUCGCCGCGUAUCAAAGUUCGCCGCGGUUAGUAGUAGGGAUCGAGGAUAGAGUCCGACGCGGGCGAUGCGGACCGUCGCGGCACUCGUCAUCACGCAUCCUCGCCGAUCGCGGGAACCUAUUAGCCUAUCUAAAUCACGGCCUCCGAUGGUAGCGGUCACCACGUGUCGCGCCGCCGCCGCUGCGACCGCGGCCCUCAGGGCCGUCAUACUGGGCGCGCCGGCGUCCGGUAAGGGAACUGUGUCCUCCAGGAUUGUCCAGCAGUUCGGCGUCGCUCAUAUCUCCAGCGGUGAUAGAUUGCGCUUCCACGUGUCCGCCGGCACCGAUCUGGGUAAAGAGGUAAAAAAAUAUAUGGACAGUGGUAGCUUCGUACCGGACGACAUAAUGAUAUCCCUUAUUGGUAGCGAGAUCGGAUCAGUGGCAGAUCGGAAUUGGCUGCUGGACGGUUUCCCGAGAACGUUAGCGCAGGCGGAACAACUGCAGAAGCUGCACCCGAUCAAUCUCGUGCUGAAUCUCGUGGUGCCGACCAAUGUCAUACUCGACCGGGUCAAGAGCAGGUGGAUUCAUCUGCCAAGUGGUAGAGUCUACAACAUUGGCUUCAACGAUCCACGAGUGCCGGGAAAGGAUGAUGUAACAGGUGAGCCAUUAUGUCAGAGGGAAGACGACAAACCAGAAGUCGUGCAGAAAAGAUUGCAGGAUUACGCAACGAAAACUGAGCCAGUCGUGCAGUUUUAUCGUGAGAUUGGAAUACUGAGGGAAUUUCAUGGCAAUACCACCGACGAGAUGUGGCCGGCGAUUAAGAAAUGUGUGACAGAAUAUUGCUGAACUUUAGGAAUCGAAUUUUUAGUUAAAUCAAUUUAAAUGUGUCGGACGAUCGCAUUAAUUCCUAAAUAAGUUUAUCUAGAUCCGUUAAAAAUCUUUAAUUUUUAAAUAUGUUUCUUAACUCUAAAAGGAAAGAUUUAAAUUCGUAUCUAAUUCUUUUAUAUCUUUUUGCCUAAGGAACAAGAUUAAAGAGAUAUAUAAAACAUUAGAU